AUGAGAUUCUCGUUAACCAAAAGGGCAAUCAAAAUCUUCACCCCACGUUCUCAGAGACUCUACUCGUUGACCCAUUCUUCUUCCUUCUCAACCUCAGAUUCCGGUGGAGUUUCCGACGAUCCCGAGCCGGAAUCAUGGAGGAAGACGAGAGGUCUUCUCCGAUGCCCGGCAAAUUUCUCUCCUUUAUCCCCAAUCACCUUCCUAGAGCGAUCCGCCAAGGUUUACAGAGACCAAACCUCUGUUUGGUUUGGUUCCGUCAAACAUACUUGGUUCCAAACCUAUCAACGUUGUCUCCGUCUCGCCUCUUCUCUUACCCACCUCGGAAUCUCUCCCGGCGACGUGGUUGCAGUUUUAGCACCGAAUGUUCCAGCAAUGCUCGAGCUUCAUUUCGCUGUUCCAAUGGCUGGACUGAUCCUCUGCACGCUCAACACUCGACUCGAUCCUUCCACUUUAUCUGUUUUGCUCGAACACUCUGAGUCGAAUAUCCUCUUCGUCGAUCACCAGUUCCUUGAGCUUGCUCAUAAAGCUCUUGAUCGUCUUGCUAAAUCAGACAGAAGUAGAAAAGCUCCAACAAUUGUCUUAAUCUCUCAGUCUAAUGAUGAAGAAGAAGAAGAUGAUAGCUCCUCAAGCAACUCUUUUGAUUACGAUUACGAAACUCUGGUUAAAUCCGGAGACAACGAAUUCGAAGUGAUCAAACCGAGAAGCGAAUGGGAUCCAAUAAGUAUAAACUACACUUCAGGAACAACCUCAAGACCUAAAGGCGUAGUGUAUAGCCACAGAGGAGCUUAUCUCAACUCUCUCGCUACUGUUUUCCUUCACCAAAUGUCUGUCUCUCCUGUCUACUUAUGGACUGUACCGAUGUUUCAUUGCAACGGAUGGUGUCUCAUUUGGGGAGUAGCAGCACAAGGAGGUACAAACAUCUGUCUCAGGAAAGUCUCUCCAAAGCUGAUCUUCAAGAACAUUGCAAUGCACAAUGUGACUCACAUGGGAGGAGCACCAACGGUGCUGAACAUGAUUGUGAACUCUACCGAGACAGAACAUCAUAAACCGCUUCCUCGUAGAGUUGAUGUCAUGACCGGUGGUUCGCCGCCUUUACCGAUGGUCUUAGCUAAGAUGGAGGAGUUAGGAUUCAAUGUGUCUCAUCUUUACGGUUUGACGGAGACAUACGGUCCAGGGACACACUGUGUGUGGAAGCAAGAAUGGGACUCUCUGUGUUUAGAAGAGAGAAGUAAGCUCAAAGCUAGACAAGGAGUGCAGCAUUUGGGUUUGGACGGGCUUGAGGUGAAAGAUCCGGUUACAAUGGAGACUGUGCCUGAAGAUGGUGUGACAAUGGGUGAGGUUAUGUUCAGAGGGAACACAGUGAUGAGUGGAUACUUCAAGGACUUGGAGGCGACGAGGAAGGCUUUCGAGGGAGGUUGGUUCCAUAGCGGUGAUCUCGGUGUGAAGCAUCAGGACGGGUACAUAGAGAUUAAAGAUCGGUUGAAAGAUGUGAUUAUCUCAGGAGGUGAGAACAUAAGCUCGGUGGAAGUUGAGAGAGUCUUGUGUGGUCAUGAGGCGGUUCUUGAAGCUGCGGUUGUGGCACGUCCUGAUGAUCAUUGGGGACAGACGCCUUGCGGGUUUGUGAAGGUUAAAGAUGGGUUUGAUGAGGUUAAACCGGAGGAGGUUAUCGAGUUUUGUAGAGAUCGUUUGCCUCAUUACAUGGCUCCAAAGACUAUUGUGUUUGGGGAGUUGCCUAAAACCUCUACAGGGAAAAUGGCAUCGAAUGACGCUAGGCCAUUGCCGAAAUUUGGGGAGUGGGAUGUGAAUGAUCCGGCGACGGCGGAUGGGUUCACGGUGAUAUUCAGCAAAGCCGGUGAAGAUAAAAAGACGGGAAGGAGCACGACGAAGACGAACUCUCAGAGGAAACAUGACGGUGAUAAACCAACGGUCAAGAAAUGGCUCUGUUUUACUUUUGCUUGA